CAGCGGGCGACAUGCGCACUGGCGUCCUCCAGAAUAAAACGGCGAUGCCAGGCGCUGUGCCCCGUGCACUGCCCCUCUCGCUCAUGGAAACUUUGGUCCUUUUUUGCGGGCGCUGAAGGUCCCGUGUGCGUCCGGCCGGCACCAGUUGCCUUGCCGCGCUUCGUCCGGAACCCGACGCGAGUCCACGCAGCUUUUCCGGAGCGGCUCCGGUGACCGUCUGCUCGUCACGGUGUUGAAAUCACAAGUACCUGAAGGCAAAAUGACAUUUAGCUGAGAGAGGACGUCGCCGAGAAAGCGCUCCACCAAGCAGAUCUGGGAUGGACAUCAUGGAUACCCAGCGUGCCUUGGAGGCCGUGGAGCGACUUCAAGCCAAACUGAAAGAGCGAGGGGAGGCCCCCGCUCAGGAGAAACUUAGCCUGCUGAAGACCGUCCUACGGAGCCCCCUCUUCCUUCAUAUUCUCAGCUUACAGAAGGCUCAGCGGAAGCCCCCAGCCAAGGGGAAGGGUCUUACCAAGUCAGUGUCGAUGAACUGUGGCAAAUGGCAGGGGGUGGCCAUGGACGCCAAGACGCUCAGCCACAGCGACUCCUACACGUGGGCCAUGGAGAACCAAAGACCCAGCAGGUCUCUCCACAGGGACGGGAGUGUUUCCUCUCUGGACUCGCUGGAUCUGUCCUUCUCAGACACCUACCAAGACAACUGCAUUCACACCGAAUCCCAGUACUGCACCCCUCCUCGAAUAUCCCGAACCAUGUCAAUGGGGAAAAAUCUGUCAGCAAUUGCUCACGAGAGGCGUCACCUGGAGAUCAUAGAACUGGCCAACGAUGGGAAAGGGCUCGGCUUCGGCAUCAUAGGAGGACGGAGCACAGGAGUCAUAGUCAAGACUGUUCUGCCUGGUGGAGCAGCUGGACAGGAUCGACGUCUGCGCAGCGGGGAUCAAAUCCUGCGCAUUGGCGAUACCGACCUGGCCGGCAUGAACAGCGAGCAGGUGGCGCAGGUGCUGCGAAACGCCGGUAGCAAGGUGAAACUACUCAUCGCCCGGGAUAUCAACAAGGACAACCUUUCCUCUCCUGUCCUCAGUCAGGAGUCCUUGGAUGGCGCGCUCUAUGACUUGAAUGAUGACUACGAGUUCAGCGUGCAGUUCACUAAAAACAGCCGGGGGCUGGGCUUCACCAUCUCCAGCUACAUCGGCAACCUAAACUCAAUUUACAGCGUGGGUGUGACGGUGAAGAGCAUUUUGAAGGGGAGCAGCGUUGACCAAGAUGGAGACAUUCACAUUGGAGAUAUCAUCCUGUCUGUGGACGGCGUGAGCUUGCAGGGCUGCAGCGAGCAGCGCGCGAUGGAGGUCCUGAGGAGGACGGGUCCCGUAGUCCGGCUGAGGCUGCUGAGGAAGGCCGUCCGUCUGAGUCACAUUUUGCCCCCGGUCCCGCCGCUGCAGCCGCUGCGCCACUCCCACAGCUUCCGCGAGGGCAAUCCCUACAGAGUGGAGGCGAACAAGGUUCACGACACAGGAAUCCGCUCGCUGCGUGAAAUCUCCCGGCGAGCGGCGUACGCCGGCAGACGACCCCGACGUGAUUCGAGAAGCGGAGUGGAACUGACACCGGCAGAGGAGGAAGACCUCAGGAUGAGGUGGCAACGUGCACUCGGACCAAGAUAUCAAGUUAUAGUUUGCCAGCUGGAGCGCUUCAGCGAGACCAGCGGCCUGGGCAUCAGUCUGGAGGCUCGGGCCGGGCACCAUUACCUGUGCUCCGUUUUACCCGAGGGCCCGAUCGGCCAGAGCGGCAAGAUCUUCACUGGGGACCAGAUACUAGAGGUGAACGGCAUCCCGCUCAUCGGAGAGACACACAAAGAGGUGGUCAACGUCCUCAAGGAGCUGCCCGUGUGCGUUUACCUGGCGUGUUCUCGCGUCGUGCCGCCCGCCGUUCCCGACAGCGACGACGACGACGAAGAGGAUGACGGCCGGCUCACCCUGAAGGAGCUCCUGGCUGAGUUCAACGACAAGUUGGAUCAGGGUUGCGUUAUUCCCUGUCCUACAGCCGAGGACAUCACAAAGCGUGGCGUGCCCCCUAUGUCGCCUCCUUUGGCGAUGUGGGAGAGAGAAGCGCAGGUGGUGGAGCUGGAGAAAGGCGAGUCAGGACUGGGCUUCAGCAUCCUGGACUACCAGGAUCCGGAAGACGCCACAAAAACGGUGCUGGUCAUCCGCUCCUUGGUACCGGGCGGGGUCGCCGACCGGGACGGCCGCCUGCUUCCGGGAGACCGCCUCAUGUUUGUCAAUGAGACCGACUUGGAGGGCUCCAGUCUGGAUUAUGCCGUGCACGUGCUCAAGUCCACCGGUUACGGACCCGUGCACAUCGGCGUUGCCAAACCGCUGCCGCUGGAACUUUGCGGUGGCUUGACGCCCAUCUUGGAGAGGAGCACGCGGGCGUCCUGCGAUGACGGCGAAGGCCACCCGCACGCCCACCCGCUAGCCGAAGCGGCCGAGGACGACGCUGGCGACCUGGCGGAUGAUAACGACGUCCGGCCGUAUUACGACAACUCCGAAUCCCGCUUCGGCCUCAUGGAAGACGACGGCGCGCAGGCUGCCCCCCCGCUGCCCCCGCGUACCAGCUUCGAGAAGACAAUCACAGUUGUCCGGGGCAACCGUAGCCUUGGGAUGUCGGUGAGUGCCAUACGGGAUGGCUCGGGCAUGCUGGUGCGCAGCGUGGCCCCCGGGGGCUCUGUAGGUCAAGACGGCAGACUCGGGGCGGGCGACGCAAUCUUGGCCAUCAACGGCGAACGUACGUCCGACCUGAACAACGCCACGGCCCGCUCGAUGCUGCGGAGGCACUCCGUCAUCGGGCCGGAGCUCAGCAUAAAUUACGUGCCGGCGCAUCAGGUGGACGCCCACCGUAGCCGACUGCGUUUGCCCCCGCUGGCAUCCAUCCUAGAAGACUCGCCUCCGCCGCCUGCGGACACGGCGCCGGCCAGAUCUUCUGUCCGGUGUCAAACUCCGACUGCGGCCCCGGGCCAAACGUCAGAAGGCGCGGCCGCGGUCCCUGCCGUGAGUCCGGCUCCGGACCGGAGUGGUCGGCGUCCAAAAUGUCGACCUCCCCAAAUUGGAGAUGAAGAGAACGGCGUGCCGUCAAAGGAGGGCGGCAAUGAAGAGCCGGACGAAGACCUUCACUGUCGCCCCCUGGUGUCUUGGGAUCCACCUCGAAGCGUGCGGCUCACCCGAGCGGCGGGCCAGUCCCUUGGCAUCAGCAUUAUGGGAGGCAAAGGCAUGGGCCAGAGGCUGAGCGGUGGCGAGAUGAUGCGGGGCAUCUUCAUCAAGCACAUCAGUUCCGAUAGCCCGGCAGCACACGACGGCGCCGUCCAGGUCGGGGACAGGAUAUUAGAGGUUUGCGGCGUGGACCUGCGCGAUGCCAGCCACGAGCAGGCGGUGGAGGCGAUCCGCAGGGCAGGAGACUGUGUGCAAAUUCUGGUCCAGUCCAGACAGCGUGCGGCACAGACCCCUGCGCUUCCCACCCAUGAAAGACAAACUCCAAUCUUGCCGACCGAGUCGCACAAUAGCCAGGAAGUGCAGCAGCAUCUUAGCGGUCCGGCCCCUAGCCCCCCCCCUUCCGACCCAUUCGCUCCUGCUCCAUUUAAGGUCGGUACCUGGUUUGGCGCGGGCGUCGUCGGGGAGAAUCAGGAGGCCGAAGAAAAGCGUCUCCGCGUGCCUCAGCAGACUUCCGAUCGAGCAGCUCGGCGAAGCCCCGCUGACGAUGUGGACAACGCCGCCACAAAAAAGAUGCUUCAGCGUUAUGGCAGCCUGUCGGGGAGGCUCCAUAUGAUUGAGCUGGAGAAGCACACGGCAGAGCAGAGUUUGGGAAUCCGCCUCGCGGGCAAUAAGGAAGGUUCCAGGGCCCGCAUGAAUGUCUACGUGGAGGACGUGGACCCGCGAGGACCUGCUGGCUUAGAUGGCCGAAUACGGGCGGGCGAUGAACUACUGGAGAUCAACGGUCAGAUCUUGUAUGGACGCAGUCACCAGAACGCCUCGGCCAUCAUCGACAACGCGCCUUCGAAAGUCAAGAUCGUUCUCAUCAGGAACAAAACGGAGGGGAAAAGGUCCCACAGCAAGGCCGACUCUGGAGUUUGCAAAGGAAUCUCGAAUGACGCGCAGAAUUUCGACCCGUCGCAGGACGGCCGGCGAGACGGCAAAGCGGCGAACGACGAGGCCGCGGCCCGACCGAGUGCGGAGGAGGCCGCCGUCAACGCCUCUGGCGGCCGCCCUGAGGCGAGUCCGUCCGGUUCGUCCUCCUCGUCAAAGCCUGGUCGCGCGGCGUCGCCCAUUCCGGAAUCAUCCUCCUCCGCGGCCGAGCGGCGUUCGGAUCGGCCGGCCUCCGCCCGGGCCUCGGACCCUCUCAGGUGCCCCAUCGAGGCCGGCAGAGAAACCGCCGUUGAGAUCGUUAAAGGGAACGUCGGCCUGGGUCUCAGCAUCGUUGGCGGAUGUGACACUCUGCUGGGGUCAGUAAUUAUCCACGAGGUGAAUGACGGAGGAGCAGCGCAGAGAGACGGUCGGCUGCAGGCUGGCGACCAGAUAUUUGAGGUCAACGGGAUCGACCUGAGGCAGGCCACUCACGACGAGGCCAUCGGGGUGCUGAGACUCGCCGCCCAACGCGUGGGGCUGCGCGUCUUCCGCCCCCGGGCGGCCUACAGGGAGGAGGACCUCUGGGACGUCUUCGCUCUUGUCCUCAGGCCUCAUCCUGUCAAAGGCGUGGGCUUCACCACUGUGGGUAAAAGUAAUGACACCGGCAUCUUUGUGUCAGAUAUCAUCAAAGGAGGCGUCACGGAUUUGGACGGCAGGCUGUUGCCAGGUGACCAGAUUCUGUCAAUCAACGGGGAGGACGUCCGCGGGGAAUCGCAAGACCUUGCGGCGAGGCUUCUGCAGAAUUGCAGCGGCGUGUUCCACCUGGAGGUGGCUCGGUUCAAAGCGGGAUUGCAGUACCCGGAACCGAACCAGGAGUACACAAAGUUGUGUUUUAUCCAGAGCGAAGACUCGGACUGUUCCACCUUAGCACCCUCGAGCGGAUCCAGUUCUUCUGUCGGCCAACAGAGGGAGACAGAAUACAGAACAGAUACCGGCACAGCAUUCGAGGACCAACCUGACUACAGAAAAGUUGUUCUUCAAAAGGGCCCACGUGACUCCCUCGGCAUCGCUUUAGCAGGAGGAGUGGGCAGUCCCCAUGGCAACGUACCUCUUUUUAUCGCAACCAUGGAUACCAGCGGAUCAGCUGCCAAAACACAGCAAUUAAAGCUAGGAGACAAGAUCCUCAGUAUCAACGGCGUCUCCGUGGAGGGAAUGACUCACGUCCAGGCCGGAGUCUUGCUGAAGAACGCCAUCGGCGCCGUCACCCUGCAGGAGGCAGCCGGACGCGGCCCUCGUGAUGUCACGGCCGUACGCCAGUCGCCGUCGGGCCGGCAAAGCGUUCACAGCAACCUCUGCACUCGGAUGUACAAGACCGUCAGUCUGGAUCGAGACUCUUCGGGUUUGGGCUUCAGCAUCGUGGGAGGCUUCGGGAGCCCGCACGGCGACCUUCCCAUUUACAUCAAAACCAUCUUUAACAAGGGGGCGGCCAUCGAGGACGGGAGGCUGAAACGGGGCGAUCAGAUCAUCGCGGUGAACGGCCAGUGUCUGGAGGGCGUGACCCACGCCGAAGCCGUCGACCUCCUGAAGAAGACCAAAGGGACGGUAAUUCUGACCGUCCUCUCGUGAGAUUGAAAGCUUAUCCAUCGCUUAUUGAUCGCUUAUGGCGAAUUAUUAUGGAUGAGCUAGCUCUGCAAUUUCCGGGUAUUUUCAAAUUUAUGCUGCAAUCUAAACUUAAAAUUGCAAAAAUGUUCCACCUUCCACUGUCAACUCUUUUUGUGGAAAAAGCAAGUCGGAUUAAUUCAGAACAAAACAAUAUUCAAGCAAUCAUCGAUGUAGCAAGGAGCCCAAUUACAGGAUGGCCAAGAUCGCGAAUGUUAUUUGCAUAAAUUUGAAAUAUGCCAAGUGCUUUUGCCAAUGUUUUCUAUGGCAUCACAGUGUAAAGACAGUUGUGUGAUACGAAUAUGUUACGUAUUAUUGAACGAGGGUUAAUCAGCAACACUCGCACCUCCCAUGUUUCGCAGCGAGAGUGUGAAUAUGGUCCUAAUGCUAAUUUUCUUUUAUUCCAUUUUAUUGUGCAUUACUUAGCAACCGUGCCCCUGUUGAGCGAUUUGUUUUUUUUUUUUGUAAUAACUAUUCAUAUUCUUGUUUUCCGUCACUUCUGGUAGUUCAUGAAUGUCAUAGGCAGACUGUUGUGCAACAUCCAAAUAUUCUGUAAGUGAUCUUAUGAAAUGAUGAUCUGUUAGUCGAGGAUGCGUCGCACACGUUUGUGCAGUUGUUAAAUGGCAGCGAUGAACAUU